GCUAGAGUCCGGCCCGGACUAGCGCCUUCUUAGUACUUGCUGCGCUGAGUCGACCGUCGAUCUCGACCCUCGAGUCCUCGCACCAGCAUUCACCUGCGCGCUGAGCCAGAACAUCAUGUCCGAAGAGAAAACCGAGUCGCCUGCUCUAGACAACGAGGUCACUCCGGUCGCUGAGGCUGCUUCCCAGUCCCAGGCCGAGGAUCCCGUGCAAUCCAUCGAAGGUGGUGAUGUUGAUGACAGGGGCGGCGCGGUAGCUCCCCGAAACACAAGCAGUACAGUCACCGAAGAUCAAUGGAGGGCCAUGAUGGACAUUGUCAUGGUGAUCUAUGACUACCGAGAAGAAGAUGGCCACGACCCUUCAAAGCUGUUUCAGCGCAGCGUCAAUAAACGCCAUGUGCCCGACUACUACGACAUAAUCAAGGAGCCCAUGGCGUUAAGUAUUCUGAAGCAGAAAAUUAAUAAGCGCGAAUACGUUAAUUUCGCAGACUUUGUUCGCGACUGCGCGCUGAUCACACACAAUGCGCAAACAUACAACCGACCCGAAUCACAGGCGUACAAGGAUGCUUUGGUCAUCAAGGAUGUUUUCGUCGCCGAAUUCGAGAAACUAGUGCAGACCGGAGUCAUCACCGCGGAAACUGCUGAACUUCCGGAUCUCGGCGAGAUACCCGAAGCUGAUCCUCUACCCCUCGAAGACGAAGAGGAUGAAGAGGACGAGGAUGACGAGGAUGAUGAAGACAUGGACGAUUCUGAGGAUGGGGGUAGGCGAAGACGACGACGCGGUCCACGAGGAUCCAGAAAGGACGAUUCGCAAGGUCAAAAUGAUCAAGAAGUCCGCCGGAAAAGAGGCCGGCCUCCAAAGGUUGACACGCCAAUGGAAGCCCGAAUCAAAGCCGUGCUAAAAGGUAUUCGCAAGUUCAAAGAUCCAAGCGGUCACCUCAAAGUCCGACAUUUCGAAAGAUUACCUGAUAAGACCAUGUACCCCGACUAUUUCAUGGAGAUCAAAGAACCAAUGGCAAUCGACCUCAUCAAGCGCAAAUUUAAGCGCAAGAAGUAUCACUCAUUGGACCACUUUUUGCGCGACCUUGAUUUGAUGUUCAACAACGCUAAAUCCUACAAUCAGCCAACCAGCCAACUAUUCAAAGAUGCUGAAGAUCUUCAGGUUGAAGCGCACAAAUUGGCGGACCAGGAGAAGAAUAAGCCAGACAGCGAGUAUCUGAUGGAAGAUGGACGCUUACCCUUGCCACAAGGAAUAAUGCAUAACGGUGAGCUGUGGAAAGUUGGGGACUGGGUCCAUAUCCAAAAUCCAAACGACGUGACCAAGCCAGUUGUGGCUCAAAUAUAUCGUACGUGGCAGGAUAAUGAGGGAGAGAAGUGGGUGAACGCCUGCUGGUAUUAUCGCCCAGAGCAAACAGUCCAUCACUACGAGAAACAUUUCUUCCCCAACGAGGUUGUUAAAACAGGCCAGUAUCGCGACCACCGCAUCGAUGAGGUAGUUGAUCGCUGUUUCGUUAUGUUUUUCACACGGUACAAUCGAGGUCGACCACGUGGUUUUCCUCCAGACAAGGAAGUCUAUGUCUGCGAAGCUCGUUACAACGAAGAAAAACACAGAUUAAACAAAAUCAAAACAUGGGCCAGCUGCCUACCGGAUGAAGUUCGAGAAAAGGAUUACGAAAUGGACUUGUACGAUGUACCGCGUCGCAUUCGAAAGAUUCCAAGCCCUAUCAAACAUCUGCUCCCAGAAAAUGCGAAAGAGACGGACGACAUGCCAAAGCCUACGUGGGGGGCAGAAAAAGCGCCUCCAUUGGUAGGCGCGGUUCACUGUCGUCCACGAGAUGAGAAUGAUUCUCCUCCCCCGGAGCUCACACCAUCACCACCACCUCCCACACUCAGUCAGCCCAUUAUGCCACCACAGCAACUACCAAUGCCGCGGCCUCCCACUCGCCAGAGCACAGACAACCUCAGUGAGAUCAACAUGGGGCCUAACAUACCUUUACAACCAGUGCGGUCCCCUGCUAUAGGAACCUCAAUGCCAGCAAUGUCAACCAUGCCAUCUGCUGUUCCUCCGCAACCAUAUCAGUCUCCAGCAGUUCACAGCCCUGCAUCCAUCUACCAGCCUCUCCAAGCACGAACGGGUGCUUACGCCAGCCCUGGAGUCCAACCAAAUUCCUAUCAAUCGACUCCGAUUCAGGCGCAGUCCUACGUCCCUCCACAGCCUUCGUCAUACCCAAGCAACCGCCCUCCCGCAGCCGUAGCACCAUACAACCCCAACGCCCCGCGUCCUGUCGAAGUGUUCCAUCUGAGCGACAUCGCCAAUGCCGCCAUCCCAGCCGAGAUUCGCCAGCAGUUCCACACAGACGACCACGGACGCGUGCUCUUCUUCUCCACGCCGCCGCUCGAUCUGAUCCCAUCCAGCAAAAAACACCUUGGCCAUUCACUCAAGUACCUAGCCGCAAAGGCGGCCAAAGAAGCCAAACGCAAACAAAGAGACGAGGAAGCCGAAGCUUCACCUGACCACGAGUCAAAGCGCGUUCGCGUUUCCUCCCCCUCCCCCCUUUCAGACGAACUAUCUUCUCGAAUCCAGACCCUAACCGACAAAACCAUCACCCUCCUCGCCGCCAGCAUCUCCGCCGGCACCGACAACUUCUACAAGACAGUCUACGGCAAGCACAGCGAGCACAUCAAAAAGGCCGACAGCGAGCAACGCGAGCGCAAUAUCCAGUCCCAUUGGCUUUCAAGGCGCUUCAUAGACCAAAUAAACUCCCAAACGAUAGACGAUCUUGCGCCGAAGGCGGUUGAUAUGAAGCGUGCGGGGGUGUAUUUGGAAGACGUCAACUAGCUAGCCCUAUUUGUUCUUCUUCUAAUCAUGUACAACAAGAAUUAUGCAAUUUAUGUUCCUGGAUCAGUUACUUGUUCUUUUCCUUUUUCGUUUGCGGAGACUAGCUAGUUGGUUUGGUUGUGUAAUUGGGUCAAAAGAAGGACUGACUUUGUGUGGUACGGUAUGGUAUUAACGGCGUUUACUUGAGCACGUCUGUCUAAAGGAUACAUUCUCCUUAAAUCAAUACUAGACCUACUUAGCCCUUAAAGUUGAAAAAUGGUAUUAUACC